UAACAGUAUGCAAAUGUAUCAAGCAAGGACGGGCGUAUAUCGGGCGGUCUUGUGUUGACAGUAUUCACUUACAUGUAGCAAGAACGGGACGGGUACCUCUGAAACUCCGUAGAACAAUCGCCUCCCUCUCGGUGUUACUGCCAACAUGAUUGGUAUAUUGUUUGUGGUAUUUGCUGGAAUUUGUGUCACUUUAGGAGAAUACGAACUAUCAGAUUAUGCCAGCCACCCCUGUAUGCGCGAGUGUGGGGAUGGAGCGCCCACCAUGACCUGCGUGUACAACUUCACAGUAGAAUACUACUACGUCUUGACCAAAGCCUGCUUCGACUGCCCGUACAACAUCACCGACUGCUACAGACCCAACUGCGUUGCUGCUGACGGCGUGGGGAGGGGGAUCAUCACGACGAACAGGAAGCUACCAGGACCUGCCAUACAAGUUUGUCAGAACGACAUGGUCGUUGUCAACGUGGACAACAAGCUGGCAGGUUCUGAGGGGACCACCAUCCACUGGCACGGAGUCUUCCAGAAAGGUUAUCAACAUCAUGAUGGCGUCAGCAUGGUAACCCAGUGCCCAAUAACAGCUCACUCCAAGUUCCAGUACAGGUUCAAGGCCGGUAACCGAGGCACUCACUUCUGGCACGGUCAUGCUGGCGUCCACCGCUCCGACGGUCUGUUCGGGGCGCUGAUCAUCCGGGAACCUCCGUCACGUGACCCAUCCUCACACCUGUAUGACCAUGACCUUCCUGAACACACCAUGAUAGUACACGACUGGCUUGUUAAACUGACCAUCAACAGGUUUGCCGGCCACCAUCACGCAGGAUACGAAAACAAACCCGCAUCUAUGCUUAUCAACGGUCGGGGAGCAUUCCGUGAGUUCCCGACUUCAGACACCAACGAGACCAUCUACACCCCAUAUUCUGUGUUCAUUGUCAGGAAGGACCAGAAGUAUCGCUUCCGCGUCAUCAGCAACGGCAUCCUGAACUGCCCAAUCCAGGUCUCCGUGGACCACCACGACAUCACCAUGAUUGCCACAGAUGGUGUGCCACACCAGCCAAUCGUUGUCAGCUCAUUCAACAUCUGGGCGGGAGAGAGGUACGACUUCAUACUGGACGCUGACAAGGCAGUUGACAACUACUGGAUUCGAAGUCGAGGUAUGGGAGACUGCACUGUUAAGUCAGCGAAACAGUUGGCAAUCUUGAGGUAUGAGAACGCCACAGAGACAGAGCCUAGUGGAUCCAAAGACUAUGAGAGUGGGCGGAGAGGAGGGAAGCUGUUGAACCCCUGGAACACGAACGGCACCCCUGACCUGACCCCCGUGUCCUGGCUGAACACCACCCCGGCAGACCCCCUCCACAUGAAACAGGUGCCCGAUAAGAAGUUUUAUGUCACCAUGGACUUCAACCAGAUAGACAACGGUGUGUUCCACCGGAAAGAGUUCUAUCCCUUUGCUGCCGUCAACCUGGACAAGAGGCUGUAUAUGCCACAGUUAAAUGAUAUCACCCAUCGUCAACCACCGUCCCCUCCACUCUCUCAGUAUGAUGACAUCCCGAAGGACAUGUUCUGCGGCCCCCACAACACCAGGAACUGCAGCCAGGAGUUCUGUGAGUGUAUCCACAUCAUCAAGGUAGACCUGGACGACACCGUGGAGAUGGUGAUCAUUGAUGAGGGCGUCACCUACAACUCUAACCACCCGAUGCAUCUACAUGGCCAUCACUUCCGGGUCGUCGCUAUCGAGAAAGUGAACGUAUCAACCUCUUUAGAGGAGAUCAAACAGAUGGAUGCAGAUGGUCUGAUUCAAAGGAACCUGGAAACACCGAUAGCUAAAGACACUGUUACGGUUCCGGAUGGAGGGUAUACAAUCAUCAGAUUUCAUGCUGAUAACCCAGGUUUCUGGCUGCUGCACUGCCACAUCGAAUUCCACGUGUCAGUCGGGAUGGCUCUCAUCGUGCAGGUGGGGGAGCUGAACCAGAUGCCCCGACCCCCCAAACACUUCCCCCGGUGUGGGAACUGGGAGUACACGGGGGAGGCGGAGGAGGAGAAGCCCAGGUGCCCCGUGAGCGGAGCUGGACUUAAUGAAGGAUCGUUGUGGCUCCUUGCAGUGUGGUCUAUGGUCGUAGUCGGAUGUAACCGUUAUUCUACCUUGACGUCACUCGAACUCGAGUCGUAAGAGGCGAUAGGAUGGAGUGGUCGGGCUCGUUGACUUUGUAUCCCAAUUGCGUUGAUCGAUACUCAGGAUGUUAAUCACUGCACCGUCUGGUCCAGUCACGAUCGUUUACAGACCGACGUCACAUAUCUGGAAUAUUGCUGAGUGUGGCGUUAAACAACAAACAAACACUGAACUUGUGAUUGGUUUUGGCUGGUUGGUUUGUUCU